UCUUUACGGAUGUAUUUGAAAAUGUGAACAUACAGGGGGAAUGUCCCAAUCAAAAAACGUAGGUGUUCAUCGUGGGCCCAUGUCUUGCUCGCGGAUUUAUUAAUCUACAGGGAGACGCAAUGAGUCCAGACAUGAUUACGUUUACAGGUGUACUGCUGGCUUUGGGUGCGGAGUUCUGUUACUGUUUUAACUGUAUAUCCCCGUUGGGAGAUUCUGUCGAUUGGUUUAUGAUGUACAAAGUUCCAAAGGCCACCCGACCAAUGCCAAAAAAGACAACAGGAAAAGAAUUCUACUACUUAGAUGCCAAUAAUGCGACGUGGUCUUUUAUGGAUGUCAACAUUAAGGAACCUGAUCAGAACCCUUUAUACUACACAUUGCAGCAAAUCUACCAGAAAAACCCCGAGAAGUACGGCAUGUACAACGAUCAACCACCGCAAGGCUCUGUCCCGCUAACAAGUUCCACUACAAACCAGGCUACUGGAGCCCAUAUGAAAGGUGCAUUCGCUUUCGAUAAAGAUUCCGGAUUUUGGUUAAUCCUGAGUGUACCGUUUUUCCCGGCACCCCAGAAAUAUAACUAUAAGUAUGGGUCUUCUCAGUUAAUUAAGGCCCAGGCCAUCCUGUGUAUAACACUUGACUCGAAAUAUUUGGAAGAGAUUGAAAAAAUAUUUGACAUAACGAAACCGAUGUUUUUUGAUGGUAAUAAACCUUUCUUACAAGAAUUGUCUCGUGUUAACGAUACCAAAAAGUCCACCAAAAUUGUGGUGGACUUCAAAUCGAAAGGGGGUCAGGAAUUCCGUGAGUACGCCAAAUCAGCGUCAUUUGGGGCAGACCUUUACGACUCUUUGGUGGCUCCGGAUCUGAAGGACACUUUACUUGUUGAAACUUGGUCCCCGAAUUUAGGAUCCAACUGUUCAACGUACAAGGUAUAUGAUGUCAAGAAAGUGGAAUUUAAGGACGGAUAUUGGUUCAAAUCCACGAUAGACCAUGCCAAGUGGGCAGUUACAGAGAACAGAGACUGGGCCUGUAUCGGCGAUAUAAACAGAGCGAAGUCCCAGUUUAGACGAGGCGGGGGAACGAUGUGCUUACGCCAUGCAGGAGUGGCCAAACAGUUUAGAAAUCUAAUACCAGAGGAGUAUGGUAUGUACAAUGAUCAACCACCCCAAUCCCCCGUAUCAAUGGACAUAAAACAGGAGACAUCUAGAGGCCACAUGAAAGAGAAAAUAUUCAACUUAACUAAGCCCAUAUUUUAUGACGGCAGUAAACCGCUGCUGCAGAAGUUUAACCGGGGGAUAAAUUAUUACAGUGGUGGUCCUAAUGGACCCAUAGUGACGGACUUUAUUACGAGGAAGGGGCAGUCAUUUCGAGGAUAUGCAAAAUCAGCAUCAUUCGGACAAGAAGGUUCUAAGCACCUUGAGAUAUUCGUAUCUUUACCACCCUUUGGUGGCUGUAAAUUUAAAAGACAAUCUAUAUGUGGAAACUUGGCGUCCGGAUUUGAAAACAGAAUGUUCAAUGUGUAUGACGUUAAGAAAGUUGCAUUUGAGGACGGAUACUGGUUCAAUUCCAAGAUUGACCACUCGAAGUGGGCAGUGACAGAGAACAGAGAUUGGGCUUGUAUUGGCGAUAUCAACAGGAAUAACCCCGAGAAGUAUGGCAUGUACAACGAUCAACCACCGUCACACUCUGUCCCGCAGACAAGUUUCACUACAAACCAGGCUACUGGAGCUCACAUGAAAGGUGCAUAUGCUUUCGAUAAAGAUUCCGGAUUUUGGUUAAUCCUGAGUGUACCGUUUUUCCCGGCACCACAGAAACAAAACUAUAGUUAUGGGCAUUCUCAGUUAGUUAAGGGCCAGACCGUUCUGUGUAUAACGCUUGACUUGAAUUUUAUGGAGGAAAUCGAGAAAAUAUUUGACAUAACGGAACCGACGUUUUAUGAUGGCAAUAAGCCUUUCUUACGAAAUUUGUCUAGUGUUAUCCAUACCAGAAGUUCCACCAAAAUUGUGGUGGACUUCAAAUCGAAAGGUGGUCAGACAUUCCGUGAGUACGCCAAAUCAGCGUCAUUUGGGGCAGACCUUUACGACUCUUUGGUGGCUCCAGAUCUGAAGGACAAUCUACUUGUUGAAACUUGGUCCCCGAAUUUAGGAUCCAACUGUUCAACAUACAAGGUAUAUGAAGUCAAGAAAGUGGAAUUUAAGGACAAAUACUGGUUCAAAUCCACGAUAGACCACUCCAAGUGGGCAGUUACAGAGAAGAAAGAUUGGGCUUGUAUCGGCGAUUUAAACAGAGCGAAGUCCCAUUUUAGACGAGGCGGGGGAACGAUGUGCUUACGCCAUGCAGGAGUGGCCAAACAGUUUAGAAAUCUAAUACCAGAGGAGUAUGGUAUGUACAAUGAUGAACCACCCCAAUCCCCCGUCUUAGUUAACACAGAAUCUGGAGCCCACAUGAAAGAGAAGAUAUUUAAUUUAACUAAGCCCAUAUUUUAUGACGGCAGUAAACCGCUGCUGCAGAAGUUUGCCACAAAAAUGAAUCAUCACAGAAAUGGUCCUAAUGGACCCAUAGUGACGGAAUUUAUUACGAGCAAGGGACAGUCAUUCCGAGGAUAUGCGAAAUCAGCAUCAUUUGGCAAAGAUCUUUACCACUCCUUGGUGGCUAAAAAUUUAAAAGACAAUCUAUUUGUGGAAACUUGGCAUCCAAAUUUGACAACAAACUGUUCAAUGUAUAAGGUAUAUGAUGUCAAGGAGGUUUUAUUUGAAGAUAAAUACUGGUUCAAAUCCACGAUAGACCAUGCCAAGUGGGCAGUGACAGAGAAAAAAGAUUGGGCUUGUAUUGGUGAUAUUAACAGAAGUAUGACCCAGUUUAAACGAGGUGGAGGUACUAUGUGCAUUCAUCACGCUGUUGUUGCCAAGCAGUUUAGAAAAAUAGUACACAAAAAAGAGGAAUGCCCAAGAUGAUGACCUGUGCUUUAGCAUUGUGUACAACUCAUUGUGUAUCAAAGAACUGCAAUUGAAAGUUUUGUACAAAAUACUACUUUUUAUAUUGAAGACCUCCUAUGUUGUUCAAACAUGUGUCUAAUCAUUUGUAAAUUAUACUAUAUAUAUAUGUAAUAAAAUCAAAGUACUGAAGUACUGAAUGCAGGGCUCUUUUGGUGUGUCUUUAUGCAUAUUGUGUAGUAAAGACUGAAAUAUAUAUAUAUAUAUAUUCAAUCCCCAUUUCUUCAACGCGCAGCAAAGUAGUUCAUGGAAAUUCAUGCACAUUGUAUGUGUCCAAAAUGCAUAGUCUUGUUUUUAAAACACAUUAUUAAUAAGAAAACUUAAAAAGAUAGGCAAUUCUCUCGAAAUUAAAAACAAAACAAAAUGCCAACACUUUUGACAAAACGUGGCUCUUUGUGUAACUAUUUGGUAUAGCGGAAGCUUUCACUUUGACGCUAUUUGGUUUUUU